CCCACUUUCCAAUAUCAUCUUGUAGGACCAUCCUCUGCUCCCACCUCCCACCAACAACACAUACAGUAUUACCUAGCACGCGCCACACUUACUGCAUAAAGUUCAAGACAAAGACAGGUUCCAGCCCUGGGCAGAAACAACUCAUUAUGUCAACUCCGUCGGUAGUUAGCACCAUCUUCUGCUGCGGCUCCGCUAUCCCAGUCCACGACUCAUCCGUCAUGAAACUUCACAACGACCCCAACCGAGACCUCCAUGAAGCCAUCUUCCAGAGCUUUCUCUCUUUUGCAGUACGUCGUCAAAAUUCUGCAGACCUUCUCUCGCUCAUUAUGGGGUUUGAACCUGAAUCAUCAACCUCCACGCCUGGCACGAUCCCCCAGCCACAGCCUGCACCCGUCUUUUCUCUCGAGGCCUUGGAAAAUAAUCCACUGACUCCAACAACUCCGUACGUCAUUCACGUCACUUCUCGCCAUGAUUUCGGUCCAGUCUACUCACAUCGUUACUUCGUGUGCCCGCCAGAUUUGGACCAGGACUGGGUGGAGAUCAGUUUGAUUCAGUGGUUUGCGAGAGGCGAGCCGUUCAAGAUGAAGGCUGAGAAGUGGGACCUAAAGUGCAAAGAUGACUGCAAGUUCUUCAGAAUGACGCUCAGGCCGAAUUUGGCAAUGAGAGGUUGCUAUCCUGUAUCCGUGGGUGGUGAAGUACAGACUGGUGAAUCUUCUCCAUCGGGCUCUGGCUCUGGCGGAGAAAGUAACGUGCAGGGGACAUUGGAUUAUUGACAGACGCGGGUGUGGAUUGAUCGAUCAGUGCGUAAGGAGAUUGUAAGAAAUAUUUGUUUGCUAGAAGUGUGGCGAGAACUGAUGUUCCGUGCCGCGGGACUGCAUUGGUUUUGCGUGAGAUGUUUUGUCGGAGUAUGUGCCCG